UGCGGAUCGGAGGCCUCAGUACCGCCUGAGCUAGCGACGCGUCGAGAUCCGAACCGUUACUACACUGAAAAACGUACACUGCGCGAACCGUUACAUUCUUGUGCUGGGAGCGAUCGAACACUAAUACACUUACCAACGAAUUUCCCGCACAUUACAGAGAAUUUCCUUCCCCAUUGAACUGUACCUGGCAGUUGCGUUUUUGGAGUUUUGGAAAAGUGCACACAAAAAACUAAUUGGAAAUGCAGUACUCGAGCAGUUCGGAAAAUUACUCAUCCUCGUUGCGGGACAAGCCUUCGAAAUGGGGCAGGAACGACAAAAACUAUGCCUAUAAGAAGUCAUCCUACCAAUACUCAAGUUCUGGCGAUAACAGUGUGUCCUAUCAGGGCAAAUCUCCCGACCAGAACAUAGAUCAACUGGAUGCCUUGCUGGAGGAUCUGAAGCAGGAACGCCAGAUUACCAACAGGGAUCGCGAUCUGCUGCCCAGCAAUGGAACGACCUAUCGAACGCUUGAACGCUCUGAUCCUUUGGGCACCGUAACGAGGACUACGCGAGUGGUCAAGACCAGCAAACACUCGGGCUCUGGAGGCCAGCAGCCCUUUAUAGAUGAUGUGGAGACCUUCAAUCCCACCGACUAUAGUACCCUUCAGUCCACGGCCAAGUAUUCGAGCUUGAAGCGGGAUGAUUAUCAGACCAAGGAAAAGCCUUAUACUCUGGCCCAAUCCCCCAGCGGAGGACAUUACGAGAGCAAGUCGAAGAUCUACGAGAGCAAUCGCACCAUUAACAACAACGUGGAGCUGCUGCCUGCAACCACCAGCACCCACCAGACGUUGACCAGCGGCACCACCAUCGACAAGGAGCUGCAGGACAUCGCCCUGAGCGAUGGCAUCCUGCCUGCUCCGGGCACCAAGGUGACCACCACGGUGAGGACUUACACCUACGAGAUUCCGGCCACAGGACCCGGUAGCAACACCAACACCAUUAACCGCACUCACACCCUGAGCAACUCGAAUACCCUGAACAGCAGCUACAAGCUGCACGAGAGCCACAACUCCAGUCAGAACUUCUCGCAGGUGUCGCCAAUCCCACACCCACAGCCGUCGCAUGUGCCACAGACCGUGGUUUACAACACGGAGAGCUACUCCACGCUGAACAGGCCUAACGAUCGCCCGGUGGUUAGCAACCAGUCCUACGAGAUCCGGGAGCACAAGGAGACCACCACUCGCGGCGUUAGUCCACAGCCCCGCCAGUUGCCCCUUGGAACGGGUCCGGCGGGCACUCCGCCAGGCAACCGUACGGUUAUAUACAAUAUCCAUAAGACGGAUCACGUGAACACAGUCAAUGAGCUGCCGCCGCAGCAGCGCUAUCCGCCGCACAGUCCGGCUCACAGUCCCAACUACGGAGGACCCCACAGUCCACCGUUGCAGCCGGGAGUAAAUCGCUAUUACUACAAGGAGACGGAGACCUCGAACACGGUGAACAGCCUGCAUAGGCCGCCCAACGGUGGACCCUACGAGCCAGGUCUACCCCAGUCCGCUCCACUGAAGCAGCUGCCACCCAAUAACGCGUAUCCACCACAGCAGCCACCAAACGGAAAUGGAUAUCCCCCAAACACAAGCACUUACAGCUACAAGUACUCCUCGACCACCAACACAAACAAUCGACGUGGUCCUGACUACGGAUCGCCAUCUCCAUUCCCCGUGGAUGGUGUUGAGUAUCCAGUGAAUAGCAAUCCUCCUCAGAGGGUGGACGAUCUGAUGCAGUCCUUCGGAACUACUACUGACCAUGUGGAUCGAGUGGACAUUGAGACUCCAGUACGCAAGCGUGAAAUCGAGACGGCGGUGGCCUCGCCCAACCAGCAGCAUGUGCCAUCCGUGAACAAAAUGGGAAAGGAGGUGUACUAUCCACCCGGACACGACACCAUCGUCAUGAAGCGCGAGGAGAUGCAUGCUGGGUCUGCUGCUGGCGGUCGCUGGGCCAAGGGAUCCGGAAUGUACGAGUACGAGUCCGGCUCCAAGUCAAAGACGAAAACCAAGUCCGGCGGCGCCGUGGUGCCCGUGUGCCUGCCCCUCUGCUGUGCCAUGCCCUGCUCCAUUAUGUAGUUGGGUGGACAUUGCCGGGAAAUCGUUACUUGUACAUAGGUUUCUAAUAUUUGCCCUUAAUAGGUCUAACGCUAUAUCCUGCCCCGCGUCUUUAAUUGCUCUCUACUAGGUCGUCUAGCUUCUAUUGGGUUUGCUUGUCAAUUGGUUGCUCUAAUCGUUGUACGUGCAAUUUGUUUUGCCAAAUUUUAUGUCUAUAUAUCUAUACGUUAUUGUCUAUGUAUAUAAUUUGUGAAGCGGCGUCUACGGAUGGCCCGAUUGUUAUAUUUUUUUGGAUUUGAUAGUUUGCCCCAACUUAGAUUGCUCAAAAUUGUUGCUCAAGCAUUUAAAUUUGCCAGUGGGAUGCCCAAAAAGUUUACUCGAUGCCAAUUGUUUUAACUGUAAUUUGCAUACCGCAUACCAAACACUAAUAAAUGAGCCGUGGAAUCCAAUUCCCCCUAUUAUUUGUUUCGCUAGCGCCCCCGAAUACCCACUAAUCAUAAACCAUAAUCGUAACUGCGACUUAAAAGGUAACCAGUCGUUACAGAGCCAUAAAUACUAUCUCUAAUACACGUAGUAACCAUAAUAAAAACGAGAUCUAACAAACGAA